ACGAAAAGGCGGCGCGCGGGCCGCAGCGGCAGCUCCUCGGCGGCCCGCAACUAGCAGCGUGCGCCCCGGUGCAACCCUGGCUUUCUUCCCGCCGGACGCCCUCGCCCCCUUCACCGUCCGCAACCAGAAGCCCAGCGCAGCCCCCGGAGCCCCCUCUGCACCGUCUCCGCUCCCCGGACCGCGUCCCAGGCCGCCCCGAGAUGACCGCGACCGGAGCCCUCCUGCGCGUCCUCUUGCUCCUGCUGGCUUUCGGCCACAGCACCUAUGGAGCUGAAUGCGACCCACCCUGCGACCCCACAUAUGGAUUCUGCAUGGAUGACAAUGUUUGCAGGUGCCAGGCCGGCUGGGAGGGAGCCCUGUGUGACCAGUGCGUGAAGGCCCCCGGCUGCAUGAAUGGAGUCUGCAAGGAGCCAUGGGAGUGCAUCUGCAAGGAUGGCUGGGAUGGAAAAUUCUGCGAAAUAGACAUUCGGGCUUGCACCUCAGCCCCCUGCGCCAACAAUGGAACCUGCGUGGACCUCGAGAAAGGCCAGUACGAAUGCUCCUGCCUCCCUGGUUUCUCUGGAAAGGACUGUCAGCACAAGGCUGGGCCCUGCGUGAUCAAUGGUUCCCCCUGCCAGCAUGGAGGCGCCUGCGUGGAUGAUGAGGGUGAGGCCUCCUAUGCUUCCUGCCUGUGCCCCCCUGGUUUCUCCGGCAACUUCUGUGAGAUCGUGACCAACAGCUGCAUCCCGAACCCCUGCGAGAAUGAUGGCGUCUGCACCGACAUCGGGGGCGACUUCCGUUGCCGCUGCCCAACUGGAUUCAUCGACAAGACCUGCAGCCGCCCGGUGAAUGCCUGUGCCAGCAGCCCAUGCCUGAAUGGGGGCACCUGCGUCCAGAGCGCCCAGGUGAGCUUCGAGUGUCUGUGCAAGCCCCCAUUCAUGGGUAACAGGUGCGCAAAGAAGCGGGGGGCCAGCCCUGUGCAGGUCACCCACCUGCCCAGUGGCUACGGGCUCACCUACCGCCUGACCCCCGGGGUGCACGAGCUGCCAGUUAAGCAGCCCGAGCAACACAUCCUGAAGGUGUCCAUGAAAGAGCUCAACAAGAGUACCCCUCUCCUCACCGAGGGCCAGGCCAUCUGCUUCACCAUCCUGGGCGUGCUCACCAGCCUGGUGGUGCUGGGCACCGUGGCCAUCGUCUUCCUCAACAAGUGUGAGGCCUGGGUGUCCAACCUGCGCUACAACCACAUGCUCCGCAAGAAGAAGAACCUACUGCUGCAGUACAACAGCGGUGAGGAGCUGGCGGUCAAUAUCCUCUUCCCCGAGAAGAUCGACAUGACCACCUUCAACAAGGAGGCUGGGGACGAGGAGAUCUAAGCAGCAGCAUGCCCCCAGGCCCCUCUAUACUCUCGGGGUUCCGCAGAGCUCACUAAAUGCGGUCUGUGCUUCUCUUGUGAUGCAGUUUGCUCUCUUUCUGUGUGGAAUCUAGUGAACGCUAUGCUUCCAUAUAUUGUCCUUGUGUCGCUGUGUGCCACGCUGCCAUGCUAUCUUAAGAACCCCGUUUCUCCCUAUUAAUGCAUGAUAACGAAUAAUAAUAAGAAUUUCAUCUCUAAAUGAGUUAAGAAUAUAAGUAUGUUAUUCUAAACUCUUAUCAGAUAUCAAAUAUAAAAUAUCAAAAAGACCAAAAAAAAACAUGGCAACAGAACCAGGCCUUGGUGCUGAGGCCCCUCCCCCAGGGGGGUGUCAGCCACCCAGGCCUCGUGAAACCAUAAGAUUGCUGUGCUUGACCACUCACUGUGAAAAGGGCUAAACUCUUUCGUUCUUUAAUUCUCACACGCCACUUCGACUCACACUCACAUCCAGUCUCACACCGCAAUGCAACCCUUAGAUCUUUGCAAUUAUUUGUGACUUUGCAGUGUGUAGUGGCUGUGUGUCAGGCAGAGAGAGCCCCCAGGUUGGCUGCUGGCAGAGAGGCGGGGACCUUCGCCCCAGCCCUGCCGCUCACUCGCUGUGUGACCCUUGGCGAGACCCCAAUUCCCAACCCUGGGCCACCUCCCCACCCCUCUCUUGAGGGAGGGGUUGCAAACACCCAAACACCAAGGUCCUCUCUAGCUCCCAAAUUCAGAAUUAGGAACGAGGGAUGUAUACCAAAACACUUCCUGACUCCAAGAGUAGGAUCUGAUGGAGACUUGGUCUCAUCCUGGGAUCCGAAAGGUUUUGGCCUAUCCUGGCUGUACACUUGAUAGUAAGGUCGAUCCCAAUAGCAUUUUCUCAAAAUGGGGAGCCUUCUGGCUCACAUCCAGUUUGGGAAAAAAUGGCCCCUGUUAGGUCAAAAUGAGCCAUUUGGAGUUGCCUCUUGAGCAGCCCACCCCCUGCCCCAGCCCUCCCCUGGCCCCAUGCCUCCCCCACUCCUGCCCCCACACUCCACCCCAUGCCUGCCCCUCAGCCUGUAGACUAGAGAUGUGCUUUCAGACUUAAGUGUACCUUGAACCACAAGUGCCCCCUGGCAAAAUCUGAGUGAGCAACACAGCCCUCACCGAGGUCUUCACAGGCUUUAGUGGAAGCUGCCGCUUGUGCGGUGUUUUCUAGUCCUGUGACAGAAGUGGGACAAGCACCUGUCCACAGCCAUGGAUGUACCUUCGUGUGGCUGAGGUUAGGACCCUCAGAUCCCAAAAGACCUAGCCAGCUUCUUACUUAGGAUUUCGAUUUUUUUAUUUAAAAUAUAAAAGAGCCUCUAUCUUUUUUUGCAAAACAAAAGAAAAAAGAAAGUAGGAAGAAAUGGGGAAGAGCCCUGUGUAGCUUCCCAGCUUUUGUUUGGGGUCUGGCUGCUGCACAGUCCUCGGGUCCCAGUUAGGAAUACUUUGCUUCAUAGGUUGUUUGGGUAGGAACCUAUGCUCUAAGCUUAUCUGUGAGCCGUGUUACCUUGCUCUGAGUACUUGCUUACAAGUCAUUGUCACCGUUAUCACAGCACACACUCACUACUUCAUGGUCAUCACCCACUGUUCACAUGCGCCACCGUUGUCACACAUUUUCGACCCUGUCGCCCCUCCAACCUCUACCCCAGGUUCAUUUCACCCAAAGCCCUGACUCAAAAUAUCUCUCCCCAGCCAUUGGUCAUUCAUCAUCUUCAGCUCAAGCCCCUCCCAGCUCCACCCUGAAGUCCCUCCCCAUUUUGCCCACCCUCAUUCCUGAUGAGGGUUGCAUCCCAACUCCCAGAAUCCCCCUCCCACCAUCCCUGCUGCCUAUCCCCCCUCCUCUUCCCCUGACUCCCUCCCCCCCUCCCUCCCUCCACGUCCCCUGACCUGCCUGUAAUCACCCCCGUCCUGAGGCCAACCAUCACCACCAGGUCAUCAUCCCAUCUCAUUUUGAGUUCGUUUUAAGAAAUAAAAAUAUAAAAAAGAUAAAAAAAAAUUCUUGGCAAGUGCUAGGCGGGUGUCUGGUACCCCGCCUGGCCUCUCUCAGCCUGAGACCUUGACCAAGUCUGCUAACAGUUCUGUUCCUCAGUUUCCCCAAUUUGGAAUUCUGCAAUUGGACAAAAACAGCUUUUUAAUCCACUCCAUUUUUUUUUUCUUUUUGGUCUCCAUGUUGUGGAGAGCAGCCUUGUGCCCUAUGGCAAAGGGUUGUUCUCCUAGCAACUCCUCAUCCUGUCCAAAGAAUUCAUCACCCACCAUUCAUCCAUUCAGGGAACGUUUCCAAUCACCUGCAGAGCUUAAGGCAAUGAGCUUUCUUGGAGCUGUGGGAUGUGCAGGCUGAGGGGCGUAGUCUGGGGAGGGCACAGACGUCCCCAGGAAGUGUCCCCAGGAAGCCAAGCACAGUUCAGGUAAAAACAAGAACAGACCACCGUGGGAGCCAGCCGGAGGAUGCUGAGCACCUCCUUCCGAGUGCCACCCACCGUCUCACCUGCCCACGUGACAAAAGAUCAAGAAACCUGCGUCGAUGAGACCACCCUGCCAAAAUUCAACAACAUCCACCCGCCACACAAGAGGAGCAGCAUCACAGCCUCAUCAAGGUCUUCAGAACCCGUCCAUCUACGGCCUAAUGCUAUCUGCUGAGAGAGUCAGAUCUCUGACUGCCCAUGCCCACCUCGUGUGCGCCUGGUGCAGUGCAGUUUAUACAGCGGGUGGAGAAGCUGAAAGACAGCUGUCUGGGACAUUUUUACUAAUUCGGUACCAAAUUAACAGUGGCGAUAAUUCUGUAACCAAAAUGUUAAUGAAAUGUCCAUCAUGACGCUCUUUCAAGCCUCCCCCAUUUUUGGCAGGCAAGUCCAGACGCAAUGCAAAAAAAAAAGAACAACCUUGUUUAUUGAAGAAAUAAAGGAACAAGGGCUUUA